CAUUCAUUCAUUCAACUCCCACAGAUUUAAGAUGCUUGAAAUUAGUUCCAAGCAUGUGCUUCGCCUUCAUAUCAAGUCUGAACUUCGUUCAGUGUGUUGCUGCCCACUUAGUAGAUACGCGAAAGUGAUGAUCGGUUAUUAGAGUGUUGAAAGCAAAAUAUAAUUUAAGAUGUCUGAAGAUACUGAUCAGAAUGAUGAGGCUUCAGGAUCGAACAGUCGUUGUUUUUGCCCAACAAACCCGAGAACUUACCAAGGACUGCCAUUCAGAGAAGGAAAUCCAAACUACGGAUUUCGAAUGCAGCUGUACUGUCGCACUCAAUUCCACCUUGCCAUAAUGCCAGAUGGCAGUGUCAUUGGAGUCAAUGAGAAUUGCUACAAAUAUGCAAUGUUGGAACUAUCAUCUGCUGGACCAGUCAAUGAAGUAAGAAUACGAGGAAUAGAAGCAAACCUCUAUUUGGCUAUGAACCGCCACGGAGGAUUAUAUGGCGAGCCAAACAGAGAUGAACCAGCCACAGUAUUCGUUGAAGCAUUCCUAGCUAACUACAAUACAUACCUUUCGCACAAGUAUGCCCAUAACGGGUGGUAUGUGGGCAUUAAGAAGACGGGCAAACCCAAGCCAGGACACCACACCCCGGUGGGGACAAAAGGCAAUCCAGUUUCUUCCCCGGAGAGCAGAGUGUGACACUUGAACUCAUUCCAAACUUGGGAAAUAUUACGAAUUAUUAUUAAAUUCUGAUAAUUUUAUAUUUUUCAACUCAACUGGUACAACAAAAACUGCUAUUGAAUAGGAUAUUCUAACGACUUGUUGAUACUGCAUUAGAAGUCUUAACUACCAAGCUUGAGAUGUAAUCGAAGUUCUUAGUGGUCGACACACAGAAAAAUAUACAGUUUUUGUGAAAUCAUAAUGAUUGAGCUAAUUUAAUACUAUUGAGCCACUGAAAGUUAAUCUCUCCAGAAUGAGGAGAGAAUCUCCUCUCAACAAGGAGAUAUCUACAGUAUCUAUUCAUCUUUCAACAAAUCGAAUGUAACCCUUUCAACUGAUUUAUUCAAAUAUGUGAAUUCCUAGAAUAUUUAGGCCUAUAUACUCUUCUACCAAAAAGUAACAUUAUUUGAAAGUAUUUUAAGAUAUUUAUAAACGGAACAGUACCAUAUUUAGUACUUUUUAGUAUUAAUAGGCUAUGCUUUUCAAGUGACUUCCAGCAUACAGAAAAUAUAGCAUAAACUAUCUUAUUUCUAUGCUUUCAGUCACUAUAAAUUAUAUUUAGGCUAAGUGUUUGUAUUAACAUUUUUUGAUUUUAUAUAAUUGUUUUCAAGGAGACACCAUAAAAGUUCAUGAUUCCUAUAUUGAAACUUUUAGAUUAUAAUGUUAAAUUUACUAUAAAACUAGAACUUACAGUAUUUCCGUAGAUUGCAAUUAAUUUAAUUCGUUACCAAAAAUGAUUUUUAUUGAUAAAUUCUCGCCAAUAUUAGUACAUCAUUGCAUUACUGUAUUUAGAAAACCAAUACAGUACGGUAGGUACUCUAGUUGAGCUUUUUCAAACAGCUAGAAAUGAAUAGCCUAAUAUAUUCUUUGCAUUAAAUUGAUGUAUAAUAAUAAUUAAAGUAAAGUUUACCUCA